CCAGCCCAUGCACAGAGGGCGGGCGCUAGGCAAACAGUAAGAGCGACAGCAGUACACGGCUGACAACUGUUAAAUCUUUUGAUACGCGCAUCUGUGUGCUCUAUAUUUUAGCUUUAUCGCUGUCAUGAAACUCGUGGCCUUACUGCAGAGUGAAACUUGAUUAUUAUGCGUUUGUCCGGAGGUUUUUGACUCGAGGAUUUUAAAGGACAACAUGGUGCUCCCCACAGCUCUGGUUCAACUCGGACUUUCAUACAGAAAAUUGCCACUUGUAAGGACAUCGCAGUGUUUUCUGCAUUUGCACCGUGGUCUACACAACUCUUUGCUUUCUGUGAAUUCCACGCGACCAGUGUUCCUCCGCCUUCCACAGUAUGGCCUGUCUGGCGUGCACAAUCCUGUGGCUUCACAUGGCCGUAGUUUAUAUCUCGACGUGAAGUUGAGUAGUAAAUCAAAUCCUGGAGAAGAGAAAGACCAGUUGUCUCUUCAAAGAGCUUCAAGCGGACCACGUCUAAGUGCAGCACAGAAAGUCAAACGCGCUGGAAAAGACUUCACCUACUUGAUAGUGGUUCUCAUUGGACUGGGUGUGACAGGUGGACUGCUGUAUGUUGUGUUCCAAGAGUUGUUCUCAUCGUCCAGUCCAGCCAAAAUUUAUGCAAAGGCUUUUAACAAAUGCAAGUCAAAUCCAGAGGUGAUCGGUGCAUUUGGGGAGCCUCUGAAAUGUUAUGGGGAGAUGUCUCGAAGAGGCAGGAGGCAGCAAGUCAGUCAUGCCGAGUACAUCAAAGAUGGGCUGAAAUACAUGAGGCUCAAGUUCUACAUUGAGGGCUCCGAACCUGGACGCAUAGGGACUGUUCACACAGAGUCUAAAGAGAACCCUGAAACUGGAAAGUAUGAGUUCCGUUAUAUUUUCGUUGAUGUGGACACCUACCCAAGGAGGACAAUCGUGAUUGAAGACAACAGAUGAAGGUUGCGGAAGAUGGCAACAAAGAAUUGUGUGUUUUGCAACAGUUUUGUAAAAUCUCAAACGUGAAAGCCAACAUUGUCUGCCACGUAACCACAUUAAGUGUCUUGACACUUGUAAUAGAGACAUUUUUAAGUAAACCAUCACACAGUUUAUAGACUGUUGAAUAUUUCUACAUGUAUUAAGUAAUCUGUAGAAGCAACAUCAAGAGACAAAAGAUAUGGAAUCAAUGGCUCCAUAGUUUAAUUCAUGUGAUAUUUCUUUGUAAUGAUUGUGGGAUUAUCUCUCGGAGUAGUUGGCAAGAAUUGGUUUCUGCACAUUCACAAUGUAGUUUGCAUUUCAUGUACAAAUGCAUUUUGUCAUUGUUGCUUCAUUUGUGUAAAUAAAUGACAAACUUUUGAAGAAACCUUUGUGCAUG